GAGGGCCGACACAGAGAGCAAGAGCGGGGGUCCCAUCACUGAGCGCCCGGGUCAAGGUUGGAGCUACCGCCGCCGCCGCCUUCCGGCUCUCGAGUCGCCCUCGCCCCGCGCCCAGCCAUGGGCCCCCCUUCCAGCUCCGGCUUCUACGUGAGCCGCGCGGUCGCCGUGCUGCUAGCCGGGCUGGCGGCCGCGCUCCUGCUGGCGCUGGCCGUGCUCGCCGCCCUGUACGGCCGCUGCGCGCGCGUCCCGCCGUCGGAACUUCUCCACCGCGGGGUCCCGGGGGCCGCGCCGUCCCGGCCGCGCACGCAGGAGGAGCCGCGGCCCACCGGGCACACCCGCCCCACCCGUGAGCCGGCGGGGACGGCCACCCCGGGCAACGGGCGCCCUCCGGGACCCUGGGACCAGCUGCGCCUGCCGCCCUGGCUCGUGCCGCUGCACUACGAGCUGGAGCUGUGGCCCCGGCUGCGGCCGAACGAGUCCUGGGCUCCGACGUUGACCUUCACCGGCCGCGUGAACAUCACGGUGCGCUGCACCGUGGCCACCGCGCGACUGCUGCUGCACAGCCUCUUCCUGGAGUGUGAGAGCGCCGAGGUGCGGGGCCCUCUCUCCUCCGGCACCGGGGACCGCACGGCGGGCCGCGUGCCGGUGGACGACGUGUGGGUCGCGUUCGACACGCAGUACCUGGUGCUGGAGCUCGGCAGCGCUCUGCAGCCCGGGGGCCGGUAUGUGCUGCAGCUCAGCUUCUCCGGCCUGGUGUACCAGGAUCUCAGGGAGGGGCUCUUCUUCAACGUCUACACCGACCAGGGCGAGCGCAGGGCCCUGUUAGCGUCUCAGAUGGAACCCACAUUUGCCAGGAGUGUGUUUCCUUGUUUUGAUGAGCCAGCUCUAAAGGCAACUUUUAAUAUUACAAUUAUUCAUCACCCAAGCUAUGUGGCCCUUUCCAACAUGCCAAAACUAGGUCAGUCUGCAAGGAGAGACACAAAUGGAAGCACGUGGACAGUCACCACCUUUUCCACGACGCCCCACAUGCCGACUUACUUAGUGGCCUUGGCCGUAUGUGACUAUGCCCACGUGGACAGAACCGAAAGGGGCAAGGAGAUACGCAUCUGGGCCCGGAAAGACGCCAUCGUGAACGGAAAUGCAGACUUUGCUUUGAACCUCACAGGUCCCAUCUUCUCUUUUCUGGAAGAUCUAUUUAAUAUUAGUUACCCUCUUCCCAAAACAGAUAUAAUUGCCUUGCCUACUUUUGACAACAGUGCAAUGGAAAAUUGGGGACUAUUGAUAUUCGAUGAGUCAUUAUUGUUGAUGCAACCAAAUGAUCAAGUAACAGACAAAAAGGCUGUGAUCGCCUUCAUUCUCUCCCACGAGAUCGGACAUCAGUGGUUUGGAAAUUUGGUUACCAUGAAUUGGUGGAACGAUAUCUGGCUCAAAGAGGGUUUUGCAUCUUAUUUUGAAUUUGGAGUAAUUAACUACUUCAAUCCUAAAUUCCCAAGAAAUGAGAUCUUUUUUUCUAACAUUUUACAUAAUGUCCUCAGUGAAGAUCAUGCCCUGGUGUCUAGAGCUGUGUCCAUGAAGGUGGAAAAUUUCACAGAAACCAGUGAAAUAAAUGAGCUCUUUGACUUAUUUACUUACAACAAGGGAGCAUCUUUGGCCCGAAUGCUUUCUAGCUUCCUGAAUGAGAAUUUAUUUCUCAGUGCACUCAAGUCAUAUUUGAAGACAUUUUCUUACUCAAAUGCUGAGCAAGAUGAUUUAUGGAGGCAUUUUCAAAUGGUCAUCGAUGACCAGAAUAAAAUUCUUUUGCCAGCGACAGUAAAAAGCAUAAUGGACAGUUGGACCCACCAGAGUGGUUUUCCAGUUAUCACCUUAAAUGUAUCCACUGGUGCCAUCAAACAAGAGCCGUUUUAUCUUGGAAAGGUUAAAAAUGAGACUCUCCUAACCCACAAUGACACAUGGAUUGUACCUAUUCUUUGGAUAAAAAAUGGAAUUACACAGUCUCUAGUCUGGCUAGAUAAAAGCAGCAAAAUAUUCCCCGAAAUGCAAGUUUCAGCUUAUGAUCAUGACUGGGUGAUUCUAAAUUUGAAUAUGACUGGAUAUUACAGAGUUAACUAUGAUACAUUAGGUUGGAAGAAGCUAAAUCAACAGCUUGAAAAAGAUCCUAAGGCCAUUCCUGUUAUCCACAGGCUGCAGCUGAUUGAUGAUGCCUUUUCCUUGUCUAAAAACAAUUAUAUUGAGAUUGAAACAGCCCUUGAUUUAACCAAGUACCUUGCUGAAGAAGAUGAAAUCAUAGUAUGGUAUGCGGUCUUGGUGAACCUGGUAACCAAGGAUCUUGUUUUUGAUGCGAACAGCUAUGAUAUAUACCCAUUAUUAAAGAAGUAUCUGUUAAAGAGACUUAUCUCGAUAUGGAAUAUGUAUUCAACUGUCAUUCGUGAAAAUGUGGCAGUGUUACAAGACGACUAUUUAGCCCUAGUAGCCCUGGAAAAACUUUUUGAAACUGCGUGCUGGUUGGGCCUUGAAGACUGUCUUCAGCUGUCAAGAGAACUCUUCAAAAACUGGGCGAACCAUCCAGAGAAUGAAAUACCUUCUCCGAUUAAAAGUGUAAUUUUAUGUUAUGGCGUCGCCUUGGGAAGUGAGGAAGAAUGGGACUUUCUGUUAAAUAUGUACGCUAAUAAAACAAAGGAAGAAGAAAGGAUUCAACUCGCUUAUGCGAUGAGCUGCAGUAAAGACCCAUGGAUACUUAACAGAUAUAUGGAGUACGCCAUUACUGCAUCUCCUUUUGCUUUUAAUGAAACAAAUAUCAUUGAGGUUGUGGCAGCAUCUGAAGUGGGCCGGUACAUCGCAAAGGACUUUCUAGUCAACAACUGGCAAGCUGUGAGUGAAAGGUAUGGAACACAAUCGCUGGUUACUCUCAUGUAUAUAAUAGGGAGAACCAUAAGUACAGACUUGCAGAUCACAGAGCUGCAGCAGUUUUUUGGCAACAUGUUGGAAGAGCAGCAGAGGCUCACAGUCCACGCCAAAUUACAGACAAUAAAGAAGAAAAAUCUGGAAAACAAAACACGCAACAUGAGGAUGGCGGCAUGGCUAUGGAGGAACAUGUAACCAGCACCCCUCCUGGCUGCUAGAAUGGAUUUCACUCACACUUUUGUCUCCCGGGGCCUCGUGAGUCUGCAAAACCACAUGGGUUGUUAUUUGUAGGUCAGUCACAUUUGCUCCUCAGGGUCCUUCCUGUUCUUCCUGGGCUGUCCUGUUUGGCCCCGAGGCUAGUGAUUCCCCAGGAUGUUGCCAACCCAGGGGAAGAUUUCGCUUUCCUGUUGGGCCGUGAAGCCACAGAAUUUACUCGGGGUGCCUUGUAAAAACAAAUUUACCUUAGAAAACCUUGCUUAUUCUGUUGUGAAAGCCAGCGGAAUAUUGGAUCAUUGGCCAACUGAGCACAUUCUUCUCUGAGGGAAAACACAGACUUGCAAUACUCUGGAUUUUAUGUGGUUCAAUAUUUAAAAGCAUCAUGAGCAAAUAACACAACAGUGUAAAGAAAGAGAAACCAGAAAAAUAAUACUCACUAGGACCUAGAGAAGCCAAGGAAACAACAUUUUAAAAAGAAGGAACAGAUCAUUCUAGGAGCCAUGUGAAGUGCCUGAAGGGCCAGACAUGGGUCUUCUGUCCAUUUCUCUCUUCCCACAGGGCCUAUCACAUUGUGCCACACAUUACAGGCCACUGAAGUUUGGGGCGUCACAAAAAGAGCCAGGAUCGCAGGAUCCGUGACGUGCCCUUCAGAUUGUGGAGGCCAGAAGGACAGGAAGGAAUCUCCCUGAAGCCGGAGACUGCAUCCCCACCUGUGGGCCGGACACUCACUCAGCCCAAGUUUAUGAGCAAAAAUAAGGAUGUCAGCAGACAGUAGCCAUAAGGGACUGAUCUGCAGCACAAAGGGAAGUGGUCAAAUAAAGAGAAAGAACGAAAAGGCUAACCACAGCAGACUCUUUACAGCUCUGCACUCAGGGGACUAAGUCGGAAAUGUGGUUUCAUUUGACCAAAUAGAACCUGCUUAUAAGUGGGGACAACUUGAAACGCAUUCAUCAGUUACAACGUCGGGAAUUGGCUUAGUUCUGUUACCCCGGAUUAAAUCGGGAUGGCUAAGGCAAAUCAUCCCACUCUAGAUUUUGUGUGUGUUUAAUUCUGUGUUUUCAUCUUGAUUUUGUUUUUGUAGAAAGGGGCUAAAACUACAGAUCUCCGAUCUACCUCAGAGGGAUGUAAAGGUUAAGGAAGGCUUUAAAUAUGUCGUAUGAGCUCAAGGCCAUGUGAUCUAGGGUUUUCUCCCCCUCUCUCUUGUGUAAGUCAAUGCAGCCACAAAUUAAUAUGCAAAAAACCAGAGUUGGCUUUUGUAUUCGCUUCACAAGAAGAUGCUCCCUGAGCGAGCAGGAGGCCAUGGGACGUGGCCCCAAAACCAACUAAAGCACUGCCUCCUCAGACUUUGACCAUGGGUCAUAGGUCAGAGAGCUUUUUCUUUAAAUUUAGAAAUGUACAACUUAA